AAGAAACGGGAUAAACGCGGAAGUGAAUCCAGACACCAAACCGUACUGGCGGCCAUAGUGAAAAUAAUCGUUUGAAAAUAAAUAAAUUAAUAAUAACAAAUUAAUUUUAUUGGUAUAACUAUAUAGAAGAGGAGUAUUUCGUGUAAAGUGUAUAAGGGUUCUUGUUGUCUGGAAUAAAGAAGGGUAACAUCAUCCAGUAUGGCGCAUAGUCAAGGACUGAUCCUGUGCCGAAUGUUCGAUCCGUCCCUUAGCUAUGGCGCAGUCAUUGCACGCCGCUGGAAUAGUAGUUAGAGUGUCGAUGUUUCCGUAGACUGCACGGUAUUGUCAUCUCUACUAGCUUUACUUAUCCGCAACAAUAUAUUUUCUUUAUAAAUUUUAAAUGAAGUGGUUCAAAAUCUCUCAGUGCUACGACUCUUACAGGAAAUCUCACUUUGUGCCCUUUUUACACUACAUAAGGAGAAUAUGAAUAAGAAAAAAAGUAAAGGGUAUCGUGGGGGCCUAGGCGCGAGGAGACAUGUCCGUCGCCUCUGACUCGUUCUCUGAGGAAGAGCGCAGCCUAUUCCGUCCAUUCACGCGUGAGUCAUUGGCCGCCAUCGAAGCUCGAAUUGCUGAAGAAUAUGCCAAGCAGAAAGAGCUCGAAAAGAAAAGAGCGGAGGGAGAACCCGGUUUUGGACGCAGGAAAAAGAAAAAAGAAAUUCGGUAUGAAGACGAGGACGAAGAUGAAGGCCCCCAACCGGACCAGACCCUGGAGCAAGGACUGCCGCUACCAGUUCGGCUACAGGGAGGGUUCCCACCGGAACUGGCAAGUACACCGCUCGAGGACAUCGAUCCAUUUUAUAGUAACCAAUUGACAUUUGUAGUAAUUAGUAAAGGAAAGGACAUUUUUCGAUUUAGCGCAACAAACGCCCUGUGGAUAUUAGAUCCCUUCAACCCAAUCCGUCGUGUGGCUAUUUACAUUUUAGUACAUCCGUUAUUUUCACUUUUUAUUAUUACAACCAUUUUAGUCAAUUGUAUACUUAUGAUUAUGCCAACAACUCCCACCGUAGAAUCAACCGAAGUGAUAUUCACGGGCAUCUAUACCUUUGAAUCAGCUGUGAAGGUGAUGGCGAGAGGUUUUAUUCUUCAACCGUUCACCUACCUUAGAGAUGCAUGGAACUGGCUCGACUUCGUAGUCAUAGCUUUAGCUUACGUUACUAUGGGGAUAGACCUCGGUAAUUUAGCUGCCUUAAGAACAUUUAGGGUGCUCCGAGCCCUUAAAACCGUUGCCAUUGUACCGGGUUUGAAGACCAUCGUAGGUGCUGUAAUAGAAUCUGUAAAAAAUCUAAGAGAUGUGAUAAUUUUAACAAUGUUUUCCCUUUCUGUUUUCGCUCUUAUGGGUUUACAAAUUUAUAUGGGUGUCCUGACCCAAAAAUGUAUUAAAAACUUCCCGCUGGACGGUUCCUGGGGUAACCUCACCCAUGAAAACUGGGAGGCAUUCAACCAGAAUAAAUCCAACUGGUAUUUUGACGAGGAUAAAGGCGAAAUACCACUUUGCGGGAACUCUUCUGGGGCAGGCCAAUGUAAACCCGGUUACACGUGUUUGCAAGGUUACGGUGACAACCCGAACUAUGGUUAUACUAGUUUUGAUACAUUCGGAUGGGCUUUUUUAUCCGCUUUUAGAUUAAUGACUCAGGAUUAUUGGGAAAAUUUAUACCAACUGGUCUUACGAUCAGCUGGACCAUGGCACAUGUUGUUUUUUAUCGUAAUUAUAUUUUUGGGAUCGUUUUAUUUAGUGAAUCUAAUCUUAGCUAUUGUCGCUAUGUCCUAUGACGAAUUGCAAAAGAAAGCCGAGGAAGAAGAGGCUGCUGAAGAAGAAGCCAUAAGGGAAGCAGAGAAAGCAGCACAAGCGAAACAGGAUAGGGCGGAUGCACGGGCAGCCGCAGCUGAGGAAGCAGCUCGGAUAGCAGCUGGAGGCGCUCCCCCGGGCAGCAUCGACAUCGCGAAAUCGCCAUCGAAUUUCUCGUGCCGGAGCUGUCACAGCUACGAGCUGUUCGUGAACCAGCCCAAGAGCCAGGACGACAACAACAAGGAGAAGAUGAGCAUCAGAUCCGAAGGAUUAGAUUCUGUGAGUGACCAGAGACGAAUACUCACUAAUCCCACCAAGAUGCGGAAAGUCAGCGCUGCAAGUCUGAGUCUCCCCGGGUCUCCAUUCAAUCUUCGACGAGGUUCCAGAGGGUCCCACCAAUUUACUUCGCGAAACAGCCGGCGAAUGGUGGCACCACCUGGUGACCGUAAACCGCUCGUUCUCUCGACUUAUCUUGAUGCCCAGGAACACUUGCCUUAUGCCGACGACUCCAAUGCAGUCACGCCCAUGAGUGAGGAGAACGGUGCUAUGGUCGUACCACUUUAUUAUGCUAACCUUGGAUCACGGCACUCAUCGUACACAUCGCACGCUUCUCGGAUGUCCUACACCUCUCACGCAGAUCUAUUUGGUGGUUUUGGUGGAAACGGGAAAGCACCGACGAAAGAGUUCACACUCACUCAUCGAUCUUUGCGGAACGGACCUGCGAUGAACAACACCAGUAAUCACUUGGACUAUUCCCGAAAAACCAAGGCGAAUUAUGAUGGACCAACUAGUCAAAUAAGUGAGAAAAUUAAGACCCUUGACAAUCCGUUUAUUGACAGUAUUGUUCAGAGACAAACUAUUGUUGAUAUGAAAGAUGUGAUGGUGCUGAAUGAUAUCAUCGAGCAAGCAGCUGGCAGGGAGAUGGCUGAGGAGCAUGGAGUUGCCGUUUAUUAUUUCUCAGCCAAUAACGAGGAGGGUGAGGAGGAGGAGGAACCGACGAUAAAAGAGCGAAUCCUGGAACACGCGAUCCGGAUCAUAAACGUGUUCUGCGUGUGGGAUUGUUGCUCUUGUUGGUUGUGGUUUCAAAAGUACGUGGCCCUGCUUGUAUUUGAUCCCUUUGUGGAGUUAUUUAUCACCCUGUGUAUUGUUGUAAAUACGCUUUUUAUGGCCCUGGAUCAUCACAACAUGGAUCCGGAUUUGGAACGCGCUUUGAAGAGUGGCAACUAUUUCUUUACAGCGACGUUCAUGAUUGAAGCCACUUUGAAGCUGAUAGCGAUGAGUCCAAAGUACUACUUCCAAGAAGGAUGGAAUAUUUUUGAUUUUAUUAUUGUGACACUGUCGCUUCUGGAAUUGGGACUGGAAGGGGUUCAAGGGUUGUCUGUGUUGCGGUCCUUUAGAUUGCUAAGAGUGUUCAAACUGGCAAAAUCGUGGCCAACCUUAAACUUGCUUAUAUCCAUCAUGGGCAGAACCAUGGGUGCCUUGGGUAAUCUGACUUUUGUCUUGUGUAUUAUCAUUUUCAUCUUUGCCGUGAUGGGUAUGCAACUGUUUGGGAAAAACUAUUGGGAUAACGUAGAUCGGUUUCCCGACCACUCAAUGCCCAGAUGGAACUUCACAGACUUCAUGCACUCGUUCAUGAUAGUAUUUCGUGUAUUAUGCGGCGAAUGGAUCGAGUCCAUGUGGGACUGUAUGCUCGUUGGAGACGUGUCCUGCAUUCCAUUCUUCUUAGCCACCGUGGUUAUUGGAAAUCUUGUGGUCUUGAACCUGUUCUUGGCCCUGCUUUUGAGCAACUUCGGUUCAUCCAGUCUGUCAGCACCAACCGCAGACAAUGACACCAAUAAAAUCGCCGAGGCGUUCGACAGAAUUGGCAGAUUCAUCAACUGGGUCAAAGCGAGCUUCAUGCACAUCGCGAAACUAGUGAGAUUCAAACUGACAAAUCAAAUAUCCGACCAGCCUUCAGGUGAGGGCCCGUCCAACAGUUGGAAUCAAGAUGCUAGAGAUGGUAUCCUCGACUUACAAGGUGAUGACAUACUAGCCGAUGGUAUCAUAUUUAAAGAUAAGAAAAGUCCCAAGGAUAAGCUAGAGGUGACCAUAGGUGAUGGAAUGGAGUUCACCAUCCACGGUGACGUCUUGAAACAAAACUCCAAGCGAGGAAAGAAUUUAAGCAAUAUGAAUAAUAAAUCCAAAUCAAUCGGCAAUUCGAUAAAAGCGCACGAUUUUAUCGGUCAUGUGGAAGAUGAUGAGAUCAGCAAUAAAUCUUAUGGUAGUCAUAAGAAUAGGUUUAAAGAGGAGAGCCAUAAGGGCAGCGCUGAUAUUCUUGAUGACCAAGAAGAGAAAAGGGAUACCAGCAAGGAGGAGUUGGGCAUUGAAGAAGAAGAAAUUGAUGAAGAUGAAUGCGAUUGCCAAGGGCCCCUAGACGAAGACUUAAUAAUGGAUGGUGCGACUGAAGAUAUAAUUUUAGACGAAUACUCGGCGGAUUGUUUCCCAGAAUCCUGCUACAAAAAGUUCCCGUUCUUAGCAGGUGACGAAGACUCACCUUUCUGGCAAGGGUGGGGCAAUCUGCGUUAUAAAACCUUCCAACUAAUCGAGAACAAAUAUUUCGAAACUGCCGUGAUCACCAUGAUCCUACUGAGCAGUUUGGCUUUGGCCUUGGAGGACGUUCAUUUGCAACAAAGGCCGAUCCUCCAAGACAUCCUUUACUAUAUGGAUCGAAUAUUUACUGUGAUCUUCUUCUUUGAGAUGUUAAUCAAGUGGCUCGCCUUGGGGUUCCAGAAAUACUUCACGAACGCUUGGUGCUGGUUGGACUUUGUGAUCGUCAUGGUGUCUUUGAUCAAUUUUAUCGCGUCGCUUUGUGGUGCGGGGGGUAUUCAGGCUUUUAAGACCAUGAGAACUUUGAGAGCUUUAAGACCCUUGAGGGCCAUGUCCAGGAUGCAGGGGAUGAGGGUGGUAGUUAACGCACUGGUCCAAGCCAUCCCUUCUAUCUUCAAUGUAUUGCUAGUGUGCUUGAUAUUUUGGUUGAUAUUUGCUAUUAUGGGUGUGCAACUGUUUGCUGGAAAAUAUUACAAGUGUGUGGAUAAUAAUAAGACAACCCUUAGCUGGGAAAUAAUUCCAGAUUUUAAUGCUUGUAAAGCUGAGAAUUAUAGCUGGGACAACUCUCCCAUGAAUUUUGAUCAUGUUGGGAAAGCUUAUUUAUGCUUGUUUCAAGUUGCUACUUUUAAAGGCUGGAUUCAGAUCAUGAAUGAUGCCAUUGAUUCUAGAGAGCUCCUCAAGCAGCCUAUAAGGGAAACGAACAUCUACAUGUAUCUGUACUUCGUUUUCUUCAUCAUCUUUGGGUCUUUCUUUACUUUGAACCUGUUUAUAGGAGUAAUCAUUGAUAACUUCAAUGAGCAGAAGAAAAAGGCAGGAGGAUCCUUGGAGAUGUUCAUGACAGAAGAUCAGAAGAAGUAUUACAACGCCAUGAAGAAGAUGGGCUCUAAGAAGCCUAUGAAAGCCAUUCCACGUCCAAGGUGGAAACCUCAAGCAAUAGUGUUCGAAAUAGUGACAAAUAAAAAGUUCGACAUGAUAAUAAUGUUGUUUAUAGGACUAAAUAUGUUAACAAUGACAAUGGACCAUUAUCAACAAAAAGAGACAUUUACAAAAGUGCUGGACUAUCUUAAUAUGAUAUUCAUCGUAAUCUUUUCAACGGAGUGCCUGAUGAAAGUGUUCGCUUUGCGUUAUCACUAUUUUACGGAACCCUGGAACCUUUUCGAUCUGGUGGUGGUGAUCCUGUCGAUUUUGGGUUUGGUGCUAAGUGACAUCAUCGAGAAAUACUUCGUGUCUCCGACGUUGCUGAGGGUGGUGCGUGUUGCAAAGGUCGGCAGGGUGUUGCGGUUGGUGAAGGGAGCCAAAGGGAUCCGAACUCUCCUAUUUGCACUCGCCAUGUCACUGCCUGCCCUAUUCAAUAUUUGCCUGCUGCUCUUCUUAGUUAUGUUUAUCUUCGCUAUUUUCGGCAUGUCCUUCUUCAUGCACGUCAAGGAUAAGAGUGGACUCGAUGACGUUUAUAAUUUUAAGACUUUUGGACAAUCUAUGAUCUUACUAUUUCAGAUGUCUACCUCGGCAGGUUGGGAUGGAGUACUCGAUGGUAUAAUAAACGAGGAGGAUUGCAAGCAACCAGACAUCGAGAUCGGGGAAACUGGAAAUUGCGGUAGCUCAUCAAUCGGGAUACCGUUUCUCCUCAGCUACUUAGUAAUAUCAUUUCUGAUUGUAAUUAACAUGUACAUUGCGGUCAUUUUGGAGAACUACUCGCAAGCCACCGAAGACGUGCAAGAAGGCUUAACCGACGACGACUACGACAUGUACUACGAAAUCUGGCAACAGUUCGAUCCAGACGGAACCCAAUACAUCCGCUACGAUCAACUAUCCGAUUUCCUUGACGUCCUGGAACCACCAUUACAAAUCCACAAACCGAAUAAAUACAAAAUCGUCUCCAUGGAUAUUCCCAUCUGUAAAGGAGACUUAAUGUUUUGUGUCGAUAUCUUGGAUGCCUUGACUAAAGACUUCUUUGCUCGUAAGGGCAACGCAAUCGACGAAACUGCUGAGUUGAGUGAAGUGCAACCGAAAGCACAAGAGCCUGGAUACGAACCGGUCAGUUCAACGUUAUGGAGACAGAGAGAGGAAUAUUGUGCCCGACUGAUACAAAACGCUUGGAGGAAACACAAGCGACUUAGAGGUGCUACGGAUCAGUCAGGCGAUGAAGAUGGCGGCCAUGGAGAAACCGAUGAGGGAGAAGGUGAUGGCGAAGGUGAAGAAGGAGAUGGAGAAGGGCCAGAGGCACGGCAAACGGCAGUUCUGGUCGAACGAAAUGGACAUAAGGUGGUGAUCCACAGUCGGACUCCCAGCAUCAGCUCAAGAUCUGCAGACGUAUGAAAUCGGCCCUGCCCCUCCUUGAUAUCUGAUUAGUACUUGGUGCAAGUCGUUACAACCAAGUCGUUAAGCCACUGAUGAGCGGUGUUUACUUAGUACAAAUUGUGGACAUUCAUUUGUGUCGAAUUUAAACCACUUGAAAUUGAAUGGUUUAAGUCUGAUACAAAUUUAUUUUGGUCCAUAAAAGAUCUCUCUGUACUGAGUCAGUUCAUUAUCUCGAUUGUUUGCCUGCUGCUAAAACUUGAACAUAAUAAUUAUUUUCACCCCCUUAAUCGAGAUAAUUGAGCUCAUGAAUCAACUUGUGUAAGUUUUAGGUGGAGAAGGUAUCUUGUUUAGCAUCUAAGUAAUUUUAAUAACUGAAAAUGGAUAUCGUUAAUUUAGUUAUACCACUACAAACAAACGUGUGGGGAAAACGGUUUUCGUUGAGACGAAAUAUGAUCCCAGCAUAUUUCUGAUUAUGGGGAAACUGCGAGGGCAUAUUUUGCUGGCUUUUCUUUUUCAAAUGUAUCCUGUUAAUUUCAAAACGAAAUAAUUGUUUUAAGACUGAUGGUUUAAUGGCACACUGGGUGACACCUCAAAUAUAAAGCAAUACAAACAAAUGCAAUCAUCAUUUAAAGGCAUGUUAUUAUGGUGUCACUCAGUAGACAGGUAACUGUUUUGUAAAUAAUAUUGUAAUUUCACAUUAUUAAUUGUGUGUUGAAUGUAUUUUUUAAAGAGAUGUUGUGCAUAACAGGGUUGUUUUUAAGUGGUAUUUAAAUUGUUAAAUUGGUUGACCAUGGCUGAGUUUCCCAUAUUUAAAUAUUGAGUUAAACCUUUGCUCAACUAAUGAAGUUGACAGUUCCUGAAAGUUAAUGUCUUGAUACAAACACAUAUUUUAAACCUGGGGUUGCACUAUGUAUUAAAAUUAUUAAAUAAAAAAAAACAUUUAAAAUAAUGUGGGUAAAAUUGACAAUCAAAUUCAGCCGAUUUGGAAUCGUCGGGGUUUUUUGCCUUAUUUAUAGAUAUUUUGCAAUUCUGAAUAAGUGUAAGUUGAAAAGUGUUUAAACAAAAUAUUUAAAUACCCAAGGUGACCAAUUUAACGUCUUAAAACCAUUUUAUUUAUGAUAGUGUUUUGACCAGAAUACGUUUGAAAUUAUUAGGAUAAUAGAAUAUGUACAAUUAAAUUGUAAAUUAAUGGGGCAAAUUAAUUCAAGAUUACGAUAAUGACACUGAAAUAAGCACAAAUUUUUUUUUAAUUGUGGAAGUAUUGUUUCCCAAAAUACCUCCUGGAUUAUCGUGGUCUUGGGUUAAAAUUGCCUUCGGAUCGGGCUUUUAGUUUUAGUAAAAGGUGACUUACUACAGUUUUUAUAUGCACAAAGUAGCAUACAUACAUUAUAUGCUGCAUAAGAGUUAUAAUAUUAACAUAAAUUCUCUAUAAUUGUUGAAGUAAUUUAUUUUCUUUUAUAUAUAUUCUAUUGAGGGUUGACGAUAUUAGCUUUUUAAUUAUAAUUUAUUACAAGCUUGAAAAAAACACUUAGCUUACUCACAUAUUUGUUAGUAACAGACCAACAAUAAUAAAUACUUCAACAAAUAUAAUAUAAAUAUAAUAUAAUAUAAUAUAUAAAUAUGGUGCUUUCUUCAGCUGCUAAUACGCAAGUUGUCACAUGCUACAUGGAAGCGCUAGCGGGAGGGGCGAUGGGAUUCGCAAAAAAAAAAUAAUAAUAAUAAAUAAACAAAAACACUAGUGUAUGCCUUAUGUAAGAAAAUCUACGCACCUUUGUAUGAAUGACAUUUUUCGGAUAGACGCACUUUCACUUAACAAUCAGGAUGGUUCAAGUAUAUCAAUAUUUUUUUAAACGUCAUCUCCAUUAUUAUAUGACAUUAUUUUUAUAAAAUGUGCCUUUUCAUUUUUUCGUUGCCUAAAAUAUUGAUAAAUGUCGCUCAUACUUUUUGUUCUUAACACAAAGCAAGAGCUGUUAAUUAUAAUUUUUGUUAAAAAGUGUACUAAAGCAUUUAUUAUAUUAUUGUUACAUUUUUAUAUAAAUAUUGAGGGUUUGGGUAGAUUUCCAUAAAUAAUUUCUUUCCUUUCGGUUUGUUUGGAUACUAUGGAUAGGGCAGAACGAGUAGGUAAUUAUGAAUAGGGAUAAGGAAUAUGAUUCUGUAUAUUGUAAGUGUUGUUGAAUUAUUGCGUUUUUUGUUAAACAAAUAUUAGGUAAAUUAUUAUAAGUUCCUUUACUACCAAUGUUAAAUUUUUUACUAACCCGCACCAAAAACUGCUUACGCUUUAUUUCUAGUUAUGGGAAUACUAUCGAUUCCUUCAUAAAACCACUAGUAUUUAAAAGUGAUUAAAACUCAUAUUGGUGCAGCGGGUUUUGUCACUAGUAACGCAAGGGCUCAAUUUUUUUAAAAUACACCCUGUUACGCUUCUAGGUAAUGUUGGUUUCCGUUUCCGUUUCACUGUAUUGAAAUAUUUUAGGAAAAUUGAGCGUGUAUACAAAUUAGCAGUUUUUAAAAUUUGGAUUAUUAUAUUUGAUUAUCCAAUAGCAUGUAUAUUAAUAAUUAUAUAAUAAUAAAUGCCUUUAUUAAAAAACA